AUGUCCUUCGGUCAAUUAGCCUCUAUUCCAUUCGCACAGUUCUCUGACCGCUUUAACUUGGAACGCCUCCAAAGCGAGGCCGGCAACUUGAGAACCCGUUUCGCCAACCUUAAGCCGCCACAGGAGUUCUUCGACGUCAGAAGAGUCUCCAAGCCAGCCAACUUUGGUGAGAUCCAACAGAGGGUCACUUACAAUGUCGGCUACUUUGGCUCCAACUACUUGGCGGUUAUCGGCUUGUUGUCCGUCUACUCCCUUAUCACGAACACCUUGUUGAUGUUUGUCUUGGCCUUUGUCAUUUUGGGUACCAUGGGUAUUAACAAGUUGGGUGGCGAGCCUUUGAACACCCCGUUCGGCUCCUUCAACACCAGCCAAUUAUACACCGGGUUGUGCUGUGUCGCUCUUCCGUUGGGCUUCUGGGCCUCCCCUAUCUCCACCUUGAUGUGGUUGAUCGGUACCAGCGCUGUCACCGUCUUGGGCCAUGCUUCCCUCAUGGAGAAGCCUAUCGAACUCGUGUUUGAAGAAGAAACUGUCUAGUUGGAGCUGAGCGAAUACGCCCUACUACGGGUCAAGUGACAUCUGGGUGUGCUGAAGCCAGGUGAAACAACUCACACACACCCAAAUACCAGUAAUAUUUUCGGCCGGUAUUGGAGAAGCCUCUGCUUCCGGAGACUGCUGCUUCGGUCAAG